AUGCACACCCCUACUUUGCUUGACACUAAGUUCGACCGGCUCGCUGAUGUGGCUUGGACGUUCUUGCAUAGGCCAAAUUACAAAGGAGAUGCCGAUAUGGCGCUGCGCGCCGUCACAAGCGCUUACUGUAGAGGAGCUGUUGGCGCUUUACUCGCGUAUGACGUCACCAGUACGUUCGACUUUGAGAACGUUGGAAGGUGGUUAAGGGAGUUGAGGGAUCACACUGACCCCAUCAUCGUAACAAUGCUCCUUGGCGACAAGUCCGAUCUCCGCCACCUCGUGGCAAUCCCACUGGAGGACGGGAAGUCAUUCGCCGAGAACGAGUCCCUCUAUGUUAUGGAGACUUCUGCAUUGGACACGACCAAUGUGGAAGCAGCUUUUGCUGAGGUCCUGUCUCAGAUUUGUCCGAUUGUGAGGAAGAAAGCAGUCGAAGCGGGUGAAUACCCAAGUGUUCCUUCUGUUCCCGCUCAGGGACAGGCGAUCAAUGUCAAAGAAGACGGGCCUGUUUUAAAGAGGAUUGGAUACUGCUUUGGUUAA